CCCACUGUUUUGAAUUCAGCCCUGCACAGUCCACAGUUCUGCCUUAACAAUAGGAAGCAGAAGUGCAGCACAGCCAAGAAAGAUUUAAUAGUAUUGCCUGUUAGUGGCUCCACCGCCAUCCUAAACCGCUCCUCCGUUCAGGAUUAAAGUCUGGACUUGCCAACUUUGGCAAACAACCGCUGUAAAAAAGCAGUUCUCUAACACCGUGACUUUUCGUAUGUGGAGUAAAAAUACGGACUACAAUGAGGCCGAUCUAUUGCUGCAGUGUUUUGCUGCUGCUUGCCCUCAUUCCAACAGCCUGUCAAGGGGGCAACAUCUUGGUCCUUCCUACGGAAGGCAGCCACUGGAUAAACAUGGAUAUCUUACUUCAUGCUUUGCACUCAAGAGGACACAAUAUAACUAUUCUGCGUUCCAGCAAAAGCUGGUACAUCAAGGAUAAAUCUUCUUAUUACGAUACCUUUACAGUUGAAGUGGAGAGGAGCUUAGAUCAGAAGUUCAUAACAGAAAUGGUAUCUAUGGUCAUUGAAUUUGAAAGGCGGUCUCUUCCCUAUGAAAACUUUCUCCAUGUGACUAUAGGAAUGUUCAGCACAUUUGUUGAAGCUCACACAAGCAUAGGUGAAUUUGUGUCAGCGAUGCUAGGUGACCAAGAGUUGAUGAGAAACUUGAAGAACAGCAAGUUUGACCUGGUGCUCACCGACCCCUGCUGGGGUGGUGGAGUGAUUUUGGCCAAAUAUUUGAAUCUCCCUUUGGUUUACAAUGUUCGCUGGAUACUUAGUGGAGAGGGUCAUCUUGCUAUUGCUCCUUCUCCUUUAUCAUAUAUUCCUAUGACAUUAUCUGGCUACACUGAUAAGAUGACCUUUUUUCAGAGAGUUAUAAACAUGGUUUUGAGUCUUGGUAAUGAUGUACAAAAUCACCUGCUGGUUAAGCAAAUAUACCAGAAAAUAUGUGACAAAUAUCUUGGGCCCGAUAAUGACUAUAACAAACUAGUGCUUAAUGCAGACCUUUGGCUCAUGAGAGUGGACUUUGUGUUUGAGUUCCCUCGCCCCACCAUGCCUAAUGUUAUCUAUAUGGGAGGGUUCCAGUGUAAACCUGCCAAACCUCUACCUGACCUGGAGGAGUUUUUGCGAGAAGUUCCUGGAGAGCAUGGAGUCAUCUCAUGUCCUGGGGACGUUUUGUGGAGUGAACUUCCUGCUGAUAUAACAAACAAGAUCGCUGCUACUUUUGCUCAAUUACCUCAGAAAGUGAUCUGGAGGCAUAAAGGUGACAGACCCGCCACUCUGGGCAACAACACUUUAAUAGUCGACUGGAUGCCACAGAAUGAUCUUUUAGGACAUCCUAAGAUAAAACUAUUUGUGGCUCAUGGAGGAACAAAUGGCGUGCAAGAGGCUAUUUAUCACGGAGUCCCAGUUGUGGGUCUGCCUGUGUUUUUCGACCAAUACGACAACCUGCUGCGUCUGAAAGAGAGAGGAGCAGCUCAGAUUCUUACAUUAGCCACAGUGGACAAAAACAACAACUUCCUGAAGGCCAUACAGGAAGUCCUGAAUGAGCCC